UGGUCUGUCAGUCAGAUCACGUCCCUCCCUCUCCCACGCUCCGCCGUGUUUGGCUGUGGAGGGGCGCGCGAGCGCUUCCCGGAGAGAGACUGAGACCGAGGAGCGGGACCGAAACCGAAACCGGGAGCAGGACCGGGACCACAGCGGGAGAGAGAGAAUAACCGGGACCGGGGAGAGAUCAAGGUCGGAGAGACUGGAGAUAAAAAAUGUCUGAAAAGUUGAGGUCUGAUAUUAAUUUAAAGGAACCACGAUGGGACCAAAGGACCUUCAUGGGGCGAGCCCAGCACUUCUUUAUGGUGACUGACCCUCGCAAUGUUCUACUUUCCAGUGAAGCAUUAGAGUCAGCGAGGACCAUUGUGGAGAACUACAAGCAUGGCAAAGUCCAACCAGAUCUGACUGAAGAUGAGCUUUGGAAAGCGAAAUACAUCUAUGAUUCAGCUUUUCAUCCAGAUACAGGCGAAAAAAUGAUUCUGAUUGGACGGAUGUCUGCACAGGUUCCAAUGAAUAUGACCAUCACUGGUUGCAUGCUGACAUUUUACAGGACCACUCCAGCUGUAGUCUUUUGGCAGUGGGCUAAUCAGUCUUUCAAUGCAAUUGUUAACUAUACCAACAGAAGUGGGGAUGCACCGUUGACAGUGGGCCAACUGGGUACUGCAUAUGUCAGUGCAACAACAGGUGCUGUUAUCACAGCCCUUGGGCUAAAGUCACUCACUAAGCAUUUGCCCUCUCUGAUUGCACGUUUUGUGCCCUUUGCCGCUGUAGCUGCUGCCAACUGUAUCAAUAUCCCUCUCAUGCGGCAGAGAGAACUUAAGUUUGGGAUUCCAGUUGCAGAUAUAAAUGGGAAUCGUCUCGGGGAAUCGCAAAAAGCAGCACAGCAGGCCAUUGCCCAGGUGGUGGUCUCUCGGAUUGGUAUGGCAUUACCUGCCAUGGUGCACGCCUACUUGGAAAUAUUGGAAAUAAAGGCAUCUCCAUCAUCUUGCUAUUGCAUCAUCUGGCUGUUCUGACACGGAAAAUGUAAUCAAGAUUGAAUUAAUGACAAAACCUGGUCCAUCUUUUAUGCAUCAUUUUUAUAAGAGGAGAGAAACUAGAGUGACUCAUCUGUUUUGCAAGUCCUUUUUUUUUCCAUGUGAAGAUCAAAGAGCCUGUAGUUUUCCUAGUAAAUGUCAUGAAGUUUUGUUUACUCUGUAUCUGAAUGCUAACUGCAUUUACACUCAGUGAGCCCGUAAAUAUUUUGUAAAGGCCUCCAAUUUGUUCAAAUCGAACCUAGAGGUUCUUUGCAGCUUUCCCAAAAUUAACAUCUACGUUAUACUAUAUUCUAUCAUUUCAAGAAGGAGUUGGAUAUAGCAAUUCAUAGAACCCCUACAAUGUGGAAGCAGGCCAUUCGGCCUAUUGAGUCCACAUCGGCCCUUUGAAGAGCAUCCCAUCCAGAUCCACACUGCCAUUCUGUCCCUUUAACCUGGCAUUUCCCAUGUCUAAUUGACCCAACCUGCACAUCUUUGGACUGUGGGAAGAAACUGGAGCACCCAGAGGAAACUCUCGCAAAUAUGGGUUGAAUGUGCAAAUUCCACACAAUUGCCUGAUGGUGAAAUUGAACCUUGAUCAUCUCUGGUGCUGUGAGGGAGCAGUACUAACCGCUGCGUCACCCAACCACGUCUAAAAGGAUCAUUAAGAUAUGGUUUAAAAAAAUGGGAACAUGCCAAUGAGAUAAAUGAUCAGCCAUGAUUGUAAUGAAUGACCUACUUUCUCUCUGAUUUUCUAUGAUAGGGUCACAUGUGAAGACAGUGUAUCAUUUGGUAAUCCAUACCACCGUAAAUCCUUUGCAAAGUCAAAUACUGCCUUCAAAGGACUGUCUGAAGUUCAAAUUUUACUAAUUCAGAAUUAUUUAUGAAAACCAGCCCUCAUGAUGAAAGAUGUUAAAUUUGUUUUAAAACACUUCUAUAGCAUUGAUGUCAUUGACUAAAUUACGUAACAAAUUCCUGAUUUGAGGAUCUGUGACCUGCCUUCCACUAAAAUCAAUGGUUAGAAACUCAGUGCUGCCGUCUUGCAAAUUACUGACGUGUGCUCAUUACUACUGAAGUUCCUUGUUAGGAGCACUAAGUCAGAGUCAGCCCUGCUGAACAAAAGUCAACAUCAUCAGAAUUUCCAUUGGUUACUUUUACAAGUUGCACAGUGACAGGAGGUUCCAUAGAAUUGAGAGACCUAGGAAACAUGGUUGUUACCUUCCAAAGCAAUUGAGAUUGAGCUCCAAGAGAGAGAUUUCAAAUUGUACUAACCUUAUUGCUUUGUAGCAAUGAUCGUAUUCCUGCAUGUCUCUCAAAAUAUGGAAGUUUAGCAUCUUUAGUAUUUCCCUCUUGCACACAGAAUAUAUUUCAUAUGGAUAUAAAUACACCCAUAAAAUUCUUGGGCACUGCUUAUUAUAUACUGAACUUUAUUCUAAUUGGAAAAAUCAUCCCAAAAAUGAAGAACAAUAUCAUUGGCUACAAUUGUAGUUGGACUAUCACCAGCUGCCUUUUAAACCGGUCCAUUUAGUACUGUCAUCAGGAUUAUAGAAAGGAAUAUUUGAGAAUAAGCGGAUUGAAAAUCUGUCCAAGUGGUAUUUCAAAAUAAAAGGCUGAAUGAAUGCAUCAGCUGCAGCCUUUGAUCUUCUGAACUGUUACUGGAAGGACCAGGUUGGUUUUGUGUUUCAAAUGUAAGUUUGCACUUUGAUUAAAACAUUUUAUGUUUUGUUCCAUACCAGUGUCAAAUCUUAUGAAGUUAUAAUUUGCUUUACAGUUAAUCAAAACGUUUUGCUUAUUUGCUCUGAAGAGGAAUCGUAGCACACUCGAAAUGUUACCUCUGUUUUUCUAUUCAAAUUCCUCCCAGAUCUUCUGAGUUUCUCCAGCGUUCUGUGUUUGUUUUGGAUUUCCAGUAUCUGCAGGUCUGGCAGCAUCUCUGGAAAUAAAUCAGCGUUAACAUUUGAGAUCUGAGGAAGGGUCACCAGACCCAAAAUGUUGACUGAUUUCUCUCCACAGACGCUGCCAAAUUUGCUGAGUUCUUCCAGCAAUUUUUAUUUUUUAUUCUAAUCUUGUCAUUGAAUGACUCCUUGAUUCCGUAAAUACAAUGUAUUAGACAAAUGGUUACAGAAAGACUACGAGAUUGGAGGGUUUCUUCAGUUAGUGAGAAAUUGGAUGGUUGCGUGAAUUAGAAAUGAAUUUAUAAGAAUGCAUGUAGGCGGUGCCAUGAGUUGGAAUAGAUAGGAGAAUAGAAAAGGCAUGAGGGACAUGGGUAAGGUUUUUUGUAGCAGACCGUGAUUCAUGACUGUUUCAUGGGAAACUGUGAACCACAAAUCCGAGUAGAAGUUAGCCUCAGAUUGGAAGCAGGGGCACAGGUUGGCCUGCAAAACUGGCAGCAUCCCAGAAUGUAGGUGACCAUCCUGGAAUUGGGCCAUAUGGCCAUUUUUGAAAUACACUAGAGUCAUCACAACAACACGGAAUUAUAUUUAUAAUCCUAGAUCUAGUUACAACUCAGGCAAAUUAAAACUGAACUUCAUUGCCACUCCUUAUAGGAACAAAAGUUGGCUGUUCACCCUCAAGCCUGUUCCACCAUUCAGUGAGAUCAUGGGUGACUAGUGGCUUAAGUCCAUACACCUGUCUUCAGCCCAUUUCCCUUAAUACCUUUGCUUAAUAAAAAUUAAUUGUCUUAAAUUUUAAAUUUAACAACUGAU